AUGCAGAAACGCAAGAAGACGUCGAAAUCCGAGGCUUCGGACGCCAAACCGAGGAAACAGACAGACGAGAAUUCCUGGCGCGAACCACUGGAGUCGAUCCUGAUCAACGACGACGACUGGUGGUGCAUCGUGACCAUGAUGGUCGAGACGAUUACCGAGCACUCGAGGUGCGUGUCGAUUUUCAACGCGGCCGCUGAAGAGGGUAGGCGAAAGGCCAUUUACUCUCUGAGCUGUCAGAAAACGCUGGCCAGCGUGAGAGCGUUGUCGACGCAGGGCCUAGAUAAAUGUCCGACGAUUCAGGGCGUAUGUCAUUACGCGAGCAAGCUUUCCAACGAGAACAACGACGCACUGCCGAGCUGGCUGAUGGCGCGGAUCAUCAAGUACCUAAUAUAUCGGGCCAGGGAAGAGAACAUCGUCAUGGCGAAAAAGCUGGCUGACCUGGACCGCGAGAUAGACGAGGAGUAUUGGAUUAUGCAGACAGUUGCUGAUUGGGGCCAGCCAGGAGGGAAGAAGUUCGACGCGGAGAAAUUCGAUAGCAAAGCGAACACGAAACUACGAAAACGCGGCGAGGAAUGGCGAAAUACUGUUUACGUGGACGAUGCACCGGUGGAUGGACCGAAUCUCUACGUAAUUCUCACCGGUUUCCAUAAUCCAGAUUUACCGGAACACUUGGUCAACGCUGGUGUACCGUUGAACUUACUGUUGCAAAUUAAAAGACCGAGGGAACAGCUGGAUCGUUCGGUGUCGUACAAAGAGAAGCCUUCGAACAGAAAGAAGUUACACUUUGUUCAGAUGUACAGUGUCGGUAAAUUUGAACUGUUCAAUUUUUGGACGAAAGUGGAGGAGCGAUUAAUGAAUCCGGCAGCGCAUCCGGAAUACUGCGACGUCGCGUUUCUUGUAUUUUGCCCACCGCAACUGCCGGAGACUUAUUCCGAUGAAAAAUACGAAAUCCUGAAGAAAGAUAUGUACGACAGGCUGUCGUAUAUUGUAUACGAUUUUUACGAUCUUUAUCGACAGCAUGGUAGCUAUUUGAAAAGCAUGAAACUGGAGAGGGGUGUCACUGAAGGAACGACGGAGAAAGUGAAUACGGAAGUUUAUAAAACCUUUCUGGAUGCGCUUCCUAUGGAGUGUGUUUCAGUGCCGCUGAUAUUGUUUGCAAUGUUGGUGCAAGUUGAGGCGGAUGACGGAGGAAUUGCGAUGGAAAACUCUGUCGAUGAGAAAGGCGACGCGAGGUCAAUGGGAAAAAGUAGCUCAAAUGCGGAAGAGGAAGCUGAAACUAGCAGUCAAUCUCCCGUUGAAAUGUUGGAACAAAAAAUAGAGAGCCUUAACAUGAAGUUAAAUCUCGAAGAAUGUAGCAUCGAUAAGAGCGAACAAAACGUUUCUGACAUUGAAUUAAUUCUUCAUGGAGAUAGCAUGAACGAAGUGAUUCGUCUUCUCGAUGACUCCGCAAUUGCUCGCUCAAUCCCAAAAGCGACAGAUUUGAUCGACAACAUUCUACCCAUUUUCCGGCAUCCGAAUAUCACGCGUCUGCUCGAACGCCACGAAAUCUCCGUUAAAAAACUGAACAAGUACUCUCGUCACAUUGACAACAUCCGUCGUUACUUCGACGUUGAAAUAAGUAACGAAGAGAUUAAACAUUAUCUACACGUUCUAACGUUCGAUAAACUAAUAUUCGGAUUGUUACGAAAUAACAAUGAAACCUUAGAAACGACAACAGAAACGGAAAACGCGAUGCGUACACAUGAUUCGGUAACGUUUUCAAUGAAACGUUGCAAGUCACUUCCAAGUCUAACCUGGAAAUCCACGCCGGAAGUGAAUUUUCUCAGCGACGGUAACAUCGAUUACGGGAAAAUCUUUCCAGAAAUCAUCGAAUGCUCCACGCUGUUCGAUCUGAUAGAUCCUCGUGAAUUAUUAGUCCCCGGUUACUUGGAGGAGAACGUUUUUAAAACGAGAACGACAGACAGACCGCGGCUGGAAGAUUUCAGCGACGUCGAAUUAUUAUCCGAGCGAAUUUUUCUCCAGCUACUUCACGAGUGUCUCCAUUCGUUCGAUCACAUGGAGUAUCGAUACUUCGAACCUACGGAUUCUCUGUUACUCUACCACGGUAACAAGUGGAGAAUCAAUGGAGCGAGCGAGGAAGAAAGAAUGUCUAGCAUUCGGACGCCGGUUCGUCUUCGUGAUUUCUGCAAAUACGUGGUGCCCGAAGAAGAGGAUUGGCUACGACAGGAGGAAGAAAUGUACAGAUUGCAGACGGCCGAGUCGAUGGAAAGAUUGAUGAGGAAGAGCACAGAGAUAUACGACGGGACGAUGUUGUUCCGCGACGAGGACUUCAUUCUGCCGGGGACUCUGAAAGCCAAAGAUCUGGAAAUAAGCAGGCAGUUUGAUCAGGAAAAAAGUAAUUUGGAAGUAGAUGUACCAUCUGAGUCUUCCGUCGAAGAGACAAUAAAGAGUAGAAAGAAAGGGAAAGAAAAGGAGACAGAAAAGGAGAGCCCCAAGAAAAAUAAGAAGAGCGACAGAUCAACCGGCCUUCGAACUAUCUCGAAGAAAUCAACCGAAGAUGAGAAGAAAAGCUUGUCAAUUUAUAGCAGCGGUGAAAAAGAGGCGGUUUACGAUUUUGUAGGCUACGAACUUGGACAAUUACGCGUGCAAGUAACGAAUACUAAGAAGACGUUCUACUCUGCUGAUGGUACUUUGAUUGAAACCGAGAUGGAUGAUUGGCUUUAUAAAAACAAGGAUUUACGCAUCACGGUUACUCUACAUGGAUAUAGUUUACGAUUGUUCCAUAGAAUCAGCAGUCACGAAACGAACGAGAUAUUUCAUUUGACGAGUAAAACAGGGAUCAUUCUUGCUUUCCAGAAACUACCUACGUCACAACAUGUGUCAUUGAAUUCCUUCCAAUAUAACUGGCAAGACGUGAACGUCGAAAUUAGGGCCUCGUGGCCGACAGGAUUACAGAUAAAACCUAUAACCGGAGAUGGACCGCAGAAUCCGUAUUACAUUCAACAAUCCUACAUACAAAAGGGACGUAACGACAAAGAGGAAAAUUGUGAAAUUUGCAGAAAGUUUCUGAGAAAUGGAACAGUUCUGAAAUACCUAGACAACGGUACAGUAAUUGUUCUCCGCCCCAAUGGAGUAAUUGUAACCUGUACAGCUUUCGAGAAACUGGAAACCAAGCAAAACGGAAACAAGGACAACGAGACCAGAGCUUCGAAACAUUCACGUGUCAAUUCUUCAGAUACAUUGAAUCAAAAUUUUGGAGAAAAUAUUACUGAGAAUUUAUUGCAAAUAUACAAGCCAAUAUGUCUUCUGUUUUUUAAAGGUGACAGACCAAACAGGGCGUCUAAGGUUGCAGCUAAAACUAGAAAGAAACCGACAAGUCCCUCGAAGACUCGAUUGCUUGGAGCGGUCGAGGGAGAUCCUGCGUCUGCACAGCAGAAUUCCACGACGAAACAUGACAGCAUCUUGUCAAUGGCGGACAAUACGGUCAAAGUGUCACGGUACACGGUCCUGAAUCAUGAUGGUGGGCGGUACGAGGUGCUCGACGACUUGGUCGUAAGUGAACAGCAUCGAUUACUCGUGAGAAUGGCGUCGGACUACGAGGUUGACGAGAAAUUCACACGUCGCGCUGACGGCACCAACAUGUUGCUUAAGUCCAAUGGAGAAUUGAUUGUCAGAUUUCCAGACGGUACGCGUAUCACGACCGGCUACGCGAUAGAAAAGGAACCAGCGAUGUGUGACUGGACCGAGGAAGAAAUUCUGCUGUACUUCACGUCGGACGGUGGAAGAGAAGAUGAGGAAACGUACGCUUCGUUUUCAAAUCUUAGCAACGUCGAGGAGGCGGCUUCUUCGUCGUGGAGACGUAACGUGGAGCAAGAAGAGAAAAUAACCGAGGUAUUGAUCGAGGACAGCUUUGUCUCUGUCCUGUUGACGUGUCGUGCCGAGCACAAGAACUAUGCCACAGUGUCCUACGAUCAGUCAGCAGUUAGCUGCACUCUAUCGAUGCCCGACGAUCUUCGAGUCAGCAUAUCGAGAAGAGGUCAUUACGAAGUUUCGAUGGCGGACGGAGUUAAUCUGAAGAUCGACGAAGACACUCUGUCGUUGAAAGGCAACCAGUGUGCCACUUGCGGCAGCCAGUCAACAUCCACCUACAGCUUCUCCCCCUUCGAAUCAUCAGUUAUAUUCACGACCGUGGAUGUCUAUGGAAACGUAUUCGGAGUAAAGAGCGACGGAUCUACUUAUUAUUGUCCCCGAACAUACACGACCAAACGUCAGAAUCGAAGCUCGAGCAUAGACACUGUCCGACAAAGGAAACAGGAGGGACAGGGCGGAGAAUCGGACGAAGAGGAAGAAAUCUUGGAAGAUAUUUGCCGUCACGAGAGACUCCGUUUCAAGACCGACAACCUAAGCUACAGAAUAUUCUCGAUGAAUCGAGAUCUCACAGCUUACGAGUACAUUCAUCGGUUCGAGAGGAACCAGCAGGAGCUGGUAGCGAUGUACGACGACAAGACGAGUAUGAUUCUGUAUCCAGGCACGCGUCGACCGCAACUUCGUCGUUUGAUUACAUAUCAGCCCGUGGGAACUGAGUCACGAUCAAAGAGCUCGCUGUCAUUUCCGGAUUACCAAGUGAAGCCAACGAAUUUCGACAGAAGGGACUUGCUACGUAGUACCUACUCAAUUCCAUACGACUGGCUAUUUCCAUUCGGACGAAACGGCGAUGGUAUUUGGAAAAAUACCCACGAUCGUCCUCUAAUGGGUGAUGUCGAGGCCCUGCCCGAAUUAUUGAGAAUUCGUAUUCUGCGUGGGUUCAAGGAACCAGGUGGAAAUGCGGUGAUCGAUCUCCAAAGAGCACUCGGCAGCUAUUGGAUGUCCCUUGUUCGAGGUAUUCUCCAAUCACGAGUCAACGUACACGAGGAAGAAGAAACUUCGCAGGAAGAGAAGAUGAAGACAGUGUACGACGAAGUGGAAAGCAACCUUCGCACCUUGUCGUUGGGUACGAAAAAGACGAUUGACGUUGAAACGUACAAAAUCGGUUUGGAAAAACCAUGGACGACAGCGAAGCCAAGGGUUCGAAGGAGAUCGAUGAAGUUUGACGAAGUCCUCGAGCACAAAGCCGCGGAGAAGGAGACACUCGAAUGGUACAAACGUUGCGCGAGGGAAAAGUUCAUUCUGCCGUACUUCCAAAAUAUACCGGGGGCGUGUUUUCUCUGGAUAAUGGAUUGCAUGGAGAACGCUAUGAACAUAUCGGCGGACAGCGUAUCAGCGUUGGAGGAGUAUCAGUGUGAAAGUCGGAAGUGCUUUGAACACAAUGAGCGCGCGAUACCUCGACAGAAUUUAAAUUAA